AUGGUUUUAAUUAAAUUUAGACUGGCGAAUAUUUUAAAAUGGUGUAUCAUCUUUAUCAUUAUAUUCGGUAUUGUUUGUUUAUCUGUUAGUCGACUAUCAAAAGCUAGUUUAUAUGGUAUAUUUAACAUAUUUACUGUUGAAUUUGAUGAUGCAUCUAUGAGAAAUUUAAAUGAAAAUUCUCAAGAUUAUUUAUUACUAGAAAAUAUUUCUCAAAAAGAAUCGGAAUUAAUAAAAACAAGUUUAAAAAUAUUUUUUGUUCAAACAUCCAAAAACGAAGAUAUUAUUUCUCGUCAUGCUUGUUCAAUAGAAGCAGCUGCACGUCUUCAUCCGAAUGGUUUGAUAUUUGUUCUUAUGCGUAGUAAAUAUAUUCAUUUGAAAAAAGGCUCAUACCUUCAUUUACGUUCGUAUAAUAAUAUUCAUUUUACACACUUCGAUGAACAAGAAAUCUAUCGUGGAACUUCAUUAAUUAAAUUAAAUAAAACUAAACGUACACAAUUCAUACAUUAUUUUGCAAUUUCACACAUGAGCGAUUUUAUCCGUACCACACUGUUAUAUAAAUAUGGUGGAAUUUAUUUUGAUCUUGACAUAAUACCAUUGAAAAAUUUUCAGAUAUUUUCAAACGCAGUGGGACUUGAAACUGACAAUGGUGUUAAUGUUGCUGUUUUAGCUUUUGAACGGCAACAUUUAGUAUUAGAUUUGCAAAUGGAAAAACAAUUAGAAUCGAUUGAAAAUAAAUUUAAUGCCCUAUGUUGGAAUUGUCUUGGGCCAUUGGCAUUGACGCAAGUGUUGAGAAAUGUUUGCGAUCAACACCGAUUGCGUAUUCAUGAGAAAGGCAAAUGUCUUGAAAUUGAUAUACAUCCAUCAUAUGUAUUCUAUCCGAUAUCUUAUCAACAAAUUCCACAAUUUUUUCGUUAUUCAACAGAAAACGUAGAUUUUUUAUUGAAAAAUUCAAGCAUUUAUUCGAUACAUUAUUUUCAUCAUAUGACAAUGAAUUUGCCAAUCGAAAUCAUGUCACCGUUUGCUCAAAUAGCUGAGACCUCUUGUCCCAAUGUAUAUAAAGAUUUGAUUGGCCCAAAUAUUUCAAAUCACUCAUCGAAAUUUAUUUUUACAAAUAUGAAUAUAUUUUUGUUUUGUUUAUUUAUUACGUUUUUAUGCAUUUUUUUAUUUAUAUUAAUCGGUCAUGUUUUAUCGUAUACUCGAUUUUGGAGAUUCGUUGGAUUUACAAAACAACAUAGGUUUCAUAAAUUAUCUCCUUGA